UGCUUCGAGCGUAUCAAUAGUGAUUUGUUCACGUGUUUCUUUCUUUUUCGUCUCAGCCAUAUUGAGAACAUGGACAAACCAGUGAAACUAGCCAAGGUAUUGCCUUUUCCCUCUACUUAUCCUGCGUUUUUUGCGCUAAUAUUGCAAUAUAAAUUAAUGUAGAUAUAUAGUGAACAUGUAGAAAGCAAAUUUGUAUCGAAUGGUUGUGUUUGGAAAAGAAAAGAUUGCGGCUAUAUAUCUGCAUUUGAAUAAUAUAUUUUGUUGAUGCCUAGCGAUAAAUGUAUGUUAUUUGGUUUGGCUUAAUGUUAUUUGGUAAAGAUGGUACUAGUAACAAUGAAUAAACACUCACCUUUGAUAAGUAACAUCUGCCAUAAUGCCAUUAAACAGAGUAAAAUAAUAAAGUAGGGUGCAUCAUGGUGCAUUGCCACAUUAUUAUUUAUUAUUUUUUCCAUAAUGGUUUAUAAGAGACUGUUGACAAUUAACACUUAGGCCCGGUUUAGACGGCGAACUUCUCAUGCGCCGAAUCUAAUUCAAGAAUUAAGUUUCCUAUGGACAAAUUUAGGCAAUUUGGUUCAAUAAUUAUUGUGACAACAGACGCCAUUUUGGCACGCUGUAUGAGCAGCCCGUAACAACCCGGAGAAAAUAGGGUCGCACGGUCAAUCGCGUUGAAAAAAUAAUAGGGUCGGUCGGGACCCGGAACCACAGGUAUUUUUUAUAGGCCUAGUUCAUGAAUUAAAAGUGUCUUCAGUAAAUAAAAUAGAGUUUAUCAAAGAACGAGGCAGUUCUUUAGAUAAUUAAUUUAUGGGGGCAGGGUUUUUUUCAGGAUUUUCUCUUGGGUCUGUUUUUGCAGAGAAGAUUGAGUUUAGAUGAACAGCUGGGGUGGCUGCACCCCAGGGCUGACACCUGUACUCAAUGACACCUGACUUCAGACCCUCAUGAAUUCAGACUGGGAUGAAUGUAAACACAAAUACAUUUCAGACCGGUCUCAGCUGUAACCUUGACAUUGGAACAGCACAUGCGAAUACAAGUCGUUUCGCCCCCAAGUCAUUUCGCCCCCAAGUCGUUUCGCCCCCAGUUGUUUCGCCCCCAAGUCGAUUCGCCCCAAGUCAUUUCGCCCCCAAGUGGCUAAGUCGAUUCGUCUCAACGUUUCGUUAAGAAUAAACUGUAAAGAAUAAACCAUAGAAAUAAUAGAUUUAUCUAUUAUUAUAUACAUAGGUGUACCGGGGGGGGGGGCGGUAGCUCGGGCAAUAUUCGAUUAACAGUCGGGCAAUUUUGGUUUGUUAUAAAAAUAAAUCGGACAAAUUCUGUCAAUUUUUUCGAAAGUGUUUGUUUUUUUGAAAAUUUAUGUGAUGCUCUGAAAAAUUUUCGUAUUUCCGGAAAUUUUUUUUGACCCCUUAAAUGGUACACUGACCGAAAUUUUUUGGCGACCGGGGGGGGGGAUUUUUGGUACUAGUCGGACACAAUCACGAAAAGUCGGGCAAUUUUACGAAAAGUCGGGCAAUUUUCUUUCCGCCCCCCUAGUUUUUUCCUUCCGGUACGCCCAUGAUUAUAUAUCCAUAUAUCUAUUAUUUCUAUUUGCAAGCUACCGUUACGCGUGCGAUUUUUUUCAUCAAUGUUUACGUUUCAAACAUUUUAUAUUGUCUGUUUCAUUCCAUAAAUAUUUGAAGGGUGAGUAUAAUACCGGGAUUGAGUCAUUUUUCUAUUUAUAAUUUGAUAUUCUUUCAUUUUGAAAGAAUAUUGUUUCGUUCGGCUAUUGUCAAAAACUAAUCACCGUCCCGGGAAUUGUUUCGUUCAUCCAUUGUAAACUGAACUAAUCAUCGCGUUGAUCACCGACUUUGUCAAACCUUUUCGCGCUUUUGCUUUCGUUUGAAAUGCAGUUACGUUUUGUCAGUAAUUCUGUCACUUUAAUAGUGAAUAGGUUUUUUAUUUUUGCGCGUUUGCCGUUUGAUCCAUUUGUCCACGAUACUCGCAAAUAUGGGCUAGCUUGUUAGUUUGUAACAGAUAAUUCACUAGCUCACUUGGGGGCGAAACGACUUGGGGCGAAACGACUUGGGGGCGAAACGACUGGGGGCGAAACGACUUGGGGGCGAAACGACCGGAUUCCGCACAUGCUAACAAAAGCCAUCUAAAAAAAGAAAAUUGCCUGGCAAGGGGAAUAAAUUGAAAAUUUUAUGAUUUUCGUACCGGUCUCAUGUGAACAAUUUCAGUUUUCAUUCUGGUUUGACUUUGUCUUGGUCUCAUGUAAAAGGGGCCUUAUUGUCUGGGACCAAGGGAAACAUUUGUGGUCCCAGAGACUGCCAAUGCUUCCAAGGCGAAGCCAAAAAAAACAUUGGCAGGCAUCAGGCUUGAUUGUCGACCUAGCUCUAGGCUGGUAACUUUGUUAAGUGUGCACAGAAUAUUUUACUUGCCAAAAUAUUAAUUUUAUAUAUAUAUGCACACCUAUAUCCUAUAUGUCACAUACAUAUGAGGCAAAGUGUGGACACUGCUAUACAGCAUGAGGUUGGUUGGGUGAGGUUGAUUGGAUUUUUUGGUGAUAAAGUGAUAAGUAGAAGAAAUGUGUUCUUCACUGACAAAUGUGGGUUGACAAGAAAUGUAGUUCAGUAUCAUAGCUCUGUUUAAAAAAUAUAGCAAACUAUUCGCUACUUUACUACAACAAAAUACCCUGCUAUCUACAUUUACCUUGACGUCAUUUAUAUUCAUCCAAUUUGUAAUUUGAAUGGCUAGAAAGCUUAUUUAGACCUAAAACGGCAAAAACUGUAUACAUAGUACAGUAUAUCUAAAUUAAACAGCAUUCUCUACUUGUUAACAUUGCUUAUUGAAAAUUUUGACACAAAUUUGAGCAAAAGAUAGGUAUAUCAAUUAUCAACCACUGACAUAAACCUGACAAGCAUGUGGAUAAUUUUUCAAUACAAAGUAUCUGUGAAGUUCAUCUUCCUACACAGCUGCAUCUUGAAGGAUGGCCCAUCUUUGUGUAUAAACACAACCUCAGGCUAGCUAUUGUAGAACUCAGCUAGCUGGCUAACUUAUUGCACUAUUAUACAGUGUAUAUACCCUGCAAUUUAUAGUUUGAACUGCCACAAUGGUUGCACUCUGCUAUGAAAGAAAUGAAUGUUAAUUUUUUCCAUGCAUUGCAAUCCUUUAUGCAUGUAUUUUUCCUAUUCUAAAUUUUCUUUUUACUUUUUAACUCUGGUAUUAACACUUUCUCUCCAUUACCCUACUCAUUAUUAGUGCAGAAAGUUAACCCAUUAAGUGCCAGCACUCCCCUUGAUGAGUAAAAUCUUCUGGUGUUCAACAGAGUAAAAUAAUAAAGUAACAACUUAAUGGGUUUAAUGGAUUAAGUAGGAAUGUUUUGUUGCUCUCAUUGACAAUUCUUUCUUACCCUCCCUGUGUGGCAUUAUAUACAUCACAGUCACAAAACUCAAAGAAAAGGAGGCUCAGGUUUGAAACACAAUUUAAAUUCAUAGGGUACAAAGUUGUUUUAUGAACUGACAGACAAUUUGAGCAGAUAAUUUGUUAUACAUUAAGUUUAAUGUGUGACCUCUAAAACUUGGGCUUUUUUGCUGCCAGACAAUUGUACUUGUCGAGGGGAGAGAGCUGCCCUUAUUGGGUUAAAUAUUCAUAAUUCCCUGUUUUGACUUGAAACAGUUGUUGUAGUAGGUUAUAUCAAAGUUUCUGUGUGUCAACAGAUCUUCCUCAGAACACAGGAAAUGCCAUUUCAGAGAGUCUAUAUUUCAAAAUUUAUACUCCCUCAUGCUUCCCCGGAUCCAUCAACCAAAGCAAUAAAUCCUCCACCACCUAUAUGUAGUGGACACAAUGCCAAGCUUCUCAGACCUUCGACAGGUUACUAAAGCUACCUUUACAUGAACCCGGGCUGAUUUUCAACCUACAUUGAAAGACCUCAUGGGAACCCGGGUUGGCUGCAACACUACGCAUUUGUUUUCAACCUGGGUCAGCUUGAGCAAACCAUGGUUGACAUUCAAUUGAGAUGUACAGUUCUGAAUUUGAACCUUUCACCAUCAACCUUAUUUAAGCCAAAUUUAUAUAGUUGUCCUAAAGUGACUUUAGUUUCACAUUUACCAUCAAUGUGCAUCUACAUUUAUGUACCAUUUUCACUUUACAUUAGCCCAGGUCAAAGCCAACCCGGGUUUAUAUGAAGAAAUAAGCACAAUCGGUUCAUGCACCUUGUCAGGGGACACGUUUUGUCCAUUAAACGUAAAUUGGGAAAGUUUUUUUGACCGAUCAAAGUCCUUGUGUAUGAAUAAAUAGUGUUUUUUUCCAACGUGUUUCUCCUUAGAUGCAAACAACGGCAGCUUGGUUUUGUACAUUUCAUUUCCGGUGAAUGAACACUGAAAAAUGCACCCGAUGGCACUUCGUUUUGUAUAUUUCAUUUCUGGUCAAUGAACAUGGAUGCACACCGAUUACACAUUUCAUGUCAGUGAAUACACACCCAAUAUGAAUGAAACGCGAUACAUUUUGAGAAAAUAGUUAAUGGGAAAAAGUAAAUAAAACGUUCUCUGAUAUAAUAAUAUAAAAUCAAAUGCAAAUGCACUUUCUCAUCAGAAAAAAUAAAAAUCUUCCAGUAGACCCAGUUGGGAAAGCCCCUUAGCUACUUCAAUUGGGAAGAGUCUGUCAAACGGACAGUAUGUAGGCUACCUAACACCCUGCUUGCCAACCUGGGUGUAGAAAUUUAGUAGACCAGUUGACCUGGGAUGGCAAGCCAACCCGGGCUUGUGUAAAGGCCACCUAACUUUCAUUUUUGAAAGGCCCCAAAUUUAAUCGCUUGGAAUCUGUUUCUCAUCAAGGAAGAGCCCUGGUGCUAAGUGGGUUAAUAUACUCUCUUCCUAAUUGAACAAAUGACUAUUGAACUGAAUAAAACGAAACAAAACAGACUAUAAUUGAACAAAGUGUGUAUAACUGAACAUAUCAAUUAAUAUUAAAAAAACCAGUUGGGUAUUUAUUACCCAUAUUCAUCUAUUGUUUAAUGAUCACAUUUCAACACCUGAUGUUUAUGAUAACCAUACAUGUAGAAAUAUGUAUACAAUUUAUGAGUUAUAAUUAAAACCUGGUGACAGAAUAGACUAUUUCAGCAUUUGGAACUGAAUGAUGAUAUUUUUUCAGGUUACCAAGGUUUUGGGAAGAACAGGAUCACAAGGUCAAGCAACCCAGGUAUGAUUAAUUUGCCUAAUGACAUUUCGAUUAAAUUUAGUGCGAUAAUCAAGGGCUUUAUAAUGCUGUACAGGAUUUUUAUUGCUCUUGCCUUUAUUUUAGUCACUCGUUUUUUUAAAAUUGUGAAAGGGAAAGUCGUUUUAUUUUCCUCGUAAGUCACUAUUGAACCAAUAGGUGUCAUAUCAUGCAAUAACUAUUUUUACAUUCCAUCAAUAAAGUCACAACUUGCACCCCCAUACUGGGUCAUCCAUCGAGUUGACAUAAUGACGUUGAUCGAGCCAAUGAGAACUCGUUGUGGGCCCUUGCCAUCAUGGGCCCCUAAAAUCAAAACAUUGAAAUUUUUUCAAACAUUGAGAUUUUAAUUUUCAAAAUCAAGAUUAUAAGACAUUACAGUUUCUUUAUUGUAAAAAUCAAAAUUAACGAAAAUAUUACGGAAGAAUUUUCGUAUAUUGGACCGAAAAGUUAAGAUAUGCCCGGAAAAAAUUUAAUAUUUCCGGAAAAUUGAUGAUUUUGCAUUUGUAUAUCCAGAAAAAACAUUGAGCCAUCGUUCACUGCGCCUGGGCCCCAUCAGACAUUGCUCAUUCGUCGUCUUUUUUAAGACCCCAGCACGUCCCUGCAUUGGCCAGUUUCCACACAAAUCAUGAAUAUAGAUUAUUGCAUGCAGAUCACGUCAAGGCCAGAUAUUGAGAAUUAUCUGGGGAUUAUUGACCAAUCACAAACGAGAAUAAAAUUUGAAUAUAUAAUAAUAAAGGACGGACCAUUGGGAAAGUGAAGGGAGGAGUAAGUAAAUGACCAAAAAAAUGCAUAUAAGCAAAAGCUUGAAAAAAUCCAUAUAGCCAGAAUAUAUGGAUUUAUGGCAGAAAAAAAAUCACAACACAAAAAAAACUGCAGAAACCCCCUCCUCACAUGCACACACACACACCCUUCACUUUUCUUAUGGUCCGCUCCUAAAUAAAGAUUAUAAUAGCAUCAUCCAGGGAUAAAGCAGAUUUUAAAUAUGGAGUACUUUUUCACAUGCAGUCUUCUUUAUAACAUGGAGUCAUCUUCUUUUUCACAUCAGUCGUACAUUUGUCAAACUUCAGGUCCGUGUAGAAUUUAUUGAUGACUCUAAUCGGUCCAUUAUCCGGAAUGUGAAAGGACCAGUAAGAGAAGGAGAUGUAUUAACGUUACUGGAAUCUGAAAGAGAAGCUAGGAGGCUUCGAUAGAGUAAGUUCCCUUUUUGUUAAACUUUUUUUCCAACUGUGGCUGUUAUCAUUCUUUGCAUUAAAAGUAGUGAUUGACUGAUCAUGCCACCAGACCUAAAAAUUAUUCUGUGGUCCCAGUUUAUAUCGUGAAAAAGCUCGGACAUUUGUAAAUUUUUUUGCGUCACAGUAGUUAGCAAUGGCCAUGAAUUUGAUCAGAUAGCGUCGCCACAAUACAUGCAAUUUUGGCGUCACAUUGUAUCAUACAUAAAGCGAGCAACAAAAAAGAUAGGGUCGUUUGGCAACGUAAAAAUUAGGAUCAGCAGAAAAUUAAAAGCAUCGGUCGGAACCACGACAUAUUUUUUGUUAUGGCCCAAUUGGAAAUUGUUGAUUACCAAUAGGCAAUUCCAGCUUUUAGUUUAGGGGACGAUGGGAAGUAAGGUAUCAGUGCGUAUCACAUUGCUGAUUAUGCUAUAAGAAUAGAAAUGGUGGCCGUGUAAACACGGAGUGAUAGCUUAUACUUGUAAAUAUUGAAAUAUUUCGGUUGUUUCGGUAGUUUUUAGUGAAAUUUUUCAGCAUAAUCAGCACUAUGAUACCUUACUUCCCAUCAUCCCCUGCAGGCAUAAACUAAAAGCUGGAAUUGUCUAUUAGUAGUAGUAGUAAUCUUUAUUGAGGAAAACUUUUUCAUUACACAUAAUGAUUUUCAAUUGGGCCCAUCAUCGGGUUGUCCUGAUUCCAAUUAAAAUUAGUCCAACGACGUCAUUCAUUUUGCACCUAAAUUGGCAUAACUAACAACGUGAAAGAGCAUCCUUGGCCAAAAACUAGUAAAAAAAUAAGAAAUAACGAACUUUCUCAUCUAACCUGCCAUCUUGGAUGAUGCAGUAAAAGACGCUGUAUUAUUAUAAUUAAGGGGCAUUUCUAUGCGAAGUGGAGUCUGAAACUAACUGAAAUGAUAAGGAAAACAUCAAGAGUUUCUUAAUUUUGUAAUCGAUGCAACAUCACGUACGUUUCUAAACAGUUGACAGGUCUAAAAGCACGACGCUACACCUACAUACACAAGACGCCAGUCCAAAAAUGCAGUAUAUAUACGUUGAAUUUAAAAUGUAUAUAAUAACGUUAAGAAUUCAAGCGCUUUCAUUGGUCGAGAGCUAUAUGAUCUAUUAAAGGUCAGACGCACGGAAUUACGUCACACAAAACCUUAUCCAAUAGCAUUCCCUUAUUUGUAUAGAUCAUGUACGCGUGAUAUUUGUAAAAUUUCGAAUUUUUCAAAUUUCCGAAUGUUUGGGUGGAUAAAAGAAAGCUAUUAUCUGUUUAAUUGGGGGGUUUUCUUUUUAUUAUAUAAAACAAAUAGAUAAGAUUUUGCCAUUGUCUGUUCAGUUAUAGAUACACAAUAUGACAUUUUUUGAGCCACUUUUUUGUUCUUCCCACAUAACGUCGUACUGUGUGUCUAUAACUGAUCAGACAACGGCAAAAUCUUAUCUAUUUGUUAAAUGUCGUAUGAAAAGAUAACACACAAAGGUCUAUAAAUCUUAAUUGCACUCAUAGUUUUUUUAACUCCAAUGGAAACGGAAGCAAUUACUAUAAAGAACCAAAAUAGUAUUUUUACUGUUUUUCCGCAACAUCGAUAAAAUCGGUUUUAAAAAACACUGGCUUUUUUUUCUUUUUAGAGAAACAAGAAUGCAGGUGUAUUUGUCAGGCAAGAGAUGUAUUUAUGAACUUGAUAAUUAUGAUCGAGAUGCCUCCUUGCGAGACGUUUACGCAUUAUUAACUAAAUAAAUAUAUUCUU